CAUAAUUAGUAACAUUAAUUUGUUUGUACAUAAUUGUUAAAUGAAUAAAUAAACAAAUGAAUAAUUAAGUAUAUACGUUACCCUCAAGGCGCGAGUUCUACUUGCGCUUGUCCGAUGUUUUAUAACAUUUGUAUCAAGCGAGCUAACAUCCUACCUUUCACAACCAUUCUGCCUUGCUGACCGCAAUUUCCGUUAAACUUACAAGACUAGUCUUAGAUUCUAUUUAAAAAAAAAAAAGAAUCUAAGACCAGAUAAAAUAUUUGGCCGAGAUUAAUUGAAAAUAUGUGCUCACUUUUUGAAGUUAUACUUCUUUUGAGGCGUUUGAGAAAAAUGAUGAGAGUGAUUUUUUUACGAUGCGCCCGCACACCGACAUAUAUAAACGACACCAUGAAGUUGUUACGAUGCGCGCUGUGAAAUCCGCACGCGGUAAAAGUGAAACCUUCAAAUGAAAUGAAUUAUAAAUCUAAAAUAUUUCAGAGCAAAUGAUUUAUUUAAACCACAAAAUAAAAUAUACGAUUAAAGUUUAAAUGAUAAUAAUAAUGCUAUUAUUAUGCUUAUUAAUAUUAUAAUACCCAUAUUCAAUUAUUAGCCUGGAGGUAGACUGGUAGAGAAUGCCCUGUUGCAUUAAGUCCGCCUUUUUGUACUUGGUGUGCAAAUAAAGCAUAAAUAAAUAAAUGUUUAUAGCCUAUACCAAGGGUCACCAAAAGGCGGACCGCGGUUCGCAUCCGGACCGGCGUACGUAUUUUGAAACAGAACAAUCUAAGAACAUCAAUAUUAAAAUUAUUAAUUAUUUAUAAUAAUUUCUUCUGUUUUAAAACACAAAACUUCGGGAGUUAUUUGCCAAGAAUUUUGGAUAAAAUUAGUGUGUGGUAUAGAUAACCAGAACUAAAAGGGCUUUGAAACUUUGUACAAUGUUUGGAUCAUUAACAUAUUUUAUUUGUGAAGCAGAGAUCUCCAAGAUGAACUUCAUUAAAAAUAAAUUUCAAUCUCGUCUUACCGAUGACCAUCUCCAAGAUUGAAUGACAAUAGCUUACACCAACUUAAUUCCAUACUUCAGACAGAUUAUUCAAAUUAAAAAAUGCCAUUGCAUUGUCGCCUUAAUAUUGGGUACUUUGUUAUUUUUAAUUAGAUGUAUUCUUAAUAAAAAAAAUAUUCCGAUUUCUUUUUGUUUAAUUUGUUAAUUGACAUUUUAAAUCUUGGUUGCUAGUAAUCAUCUAGCAAUCGGACCAGGACAGAUUUAUAUUUUUUUAAACGGACCCGCAAUUGAACUAAUUGGUGAUACCCGACCUAUACUAUUCAUCAUGAAUCUGGCUAUCCCACACAAAAUGAAAUUUAUCUAAUCGGACUGGUAGUUGCGGAGAUUAGCGAGUUUAAAUAAACUAAAAACCUCUUUCGUUUUAUUAUAUUCGUGUAUAUCUAUCUCAUUCUCUCGCAGGCUAAAUCAUAUAGAUGUAUGUCUGUCUCUUUUUAGUGUCGCUUUUUCCUUUCAUCGUGUUUCAAAUCACAACGAUACUAAGAAAGUUUCACUUCAAUAAUGUCUUAAGACAAUUGUUAUUCGUUGUGACUUCAUUUACAGAUAUUUCAAGAAACUCACGGAGCAGGAAGGCCGCAACCAGCAUUGCGAUCGAUCGCACUCGCGUCGACGCUCGUACAGUCGGUCCCAUACGCGAUCUAGAUCGCGUUCACGUUCACGUUCAAGGCCGCGUCGUCGUUCGUACAGUCGCUCCAGGUCCAGAAGUAGACGUUCCAGAAGUAGACGCUCUAGAAGCAGAAGCCGAAGCAGACGUUCAAGUUCUAGAAGCAGAAGAUCAAAAUCGUACCACAGUCGGUCUAGGUCUCGAAAACGGUCUAGAUCGCGCAGCCGCCGAUCCAGAACAAAGUCCCGUUCUAAGACCAGACAUCGUACUACCAGUCCCAAAGAGACGAGCGAGCACAAAGGCAGAAGUAAUGAGGAUGGUAACCAGUUGGUUACGCCACAGAUAAGAAGGGACAGGUCCAAGAGUUGGUCUCUACCCAAAGAUGUGGAACCACGCAAGUCUUGGUCGAAAAGUCCGAAAAACGACUAAAAGUGCUUAAUUAAUAAGGAUUAUAUUCAUAGUAAUAAAUAUAUUAUUUAUUU